CCAAUGUUAUCCUUCCUGGGUUCCAGGCCAUUGAAAGACAAAUCUACUGAUAAUGGCUCACAGGGAGGGAAUGACAACGGCAAAAAAAAGGAUGACAAGAAGAAAGAACCGACAUGGUGGCAACGUCUACAGAAGGGAGACUUUCCGUGGGACGAUCCUGAUUUCACCCGACUCGUCAUGAUGUUAUCAGGUGUUUUCUCAACACUUGCAAUGGUUUACUAUUUCAGAGAUCCUGGAAAAGAGAUCAGCUGGAAGGAGUUUGUGCAGCAGUAUUUGGAGAGAGGACUGGUGAACCAGCUGGUGAUUGUGAACAAGCAGUAUGUGAGAGUGAUGACUACAACCAAAGAAAAACCGGUGUGGUUUUACAUUGGUAGCGUGGAUAUCUUUGAGCACAAUCUAGAGACAGCACAGCAAGCAAUGAGUAUUGAUCCAGCAGACCGUGUCACAGUGGUAUACAGCAACGAAAGCGAUGGGUCCUAUUUCCUGAGCCUCAUCCCUACGUUGCUCAUUGGGGGCUACCUGUUGUACAGCAUGCGGAGAGGGUUAGGGAUUAUGGGGCAAGCCCGAGGAGGGAAAAGAGGUGGAAUUUUUGGUGUUGGAGAGACGACAGCGAAGAUGCUGAAAGGAGAGAUCAAUGUCAAGUUCCAGGAUGUGGCUGGAUGCGAAGAGGCAAAACUUGAGAUAAUGGAGUUUGUGAAUUUCCUCAAGAAUCCCAAACAGUAUUAUGAGCUUGGAGCUAAAAUCCCAAGGGGAGCAAUGCUCACUGGACCUCCUGGUACUGGCAAAACCCUCCUCGCCAAGGCAACAGCAGGGGAGGCUAAUGUUCCAUUUAUCACUGUCAAUGGAUCUGAGUUCCUAGAGAUGUUUGUUGGUGUUGGUCCAGCCAGGGUACGAGAUAUGUUUGCCAUGGCAAAGAAGAACGCACCUUGCAUCCUUUUUAUCGAUGAGAUUGAUGCUGUUGGAAAAAAGAGGGGGCAAGGGAAUUUCGGAGGGCACAGCGAGCAGGAAAAUACCCUCAACCAGUUGCUGGUGGAGAUGGAUGGUUUCGGUUCUGACACCAAUGUAGUUGUUUUGGCUGGUACAAACCGACCCGACACCCUGGAUCCAGCUCUGAUGAGACCGGGAAGAUUUGAUCGUCAGAUUUAUAUAGGCCCCCCUGAUAUUAAAGGCAGGGCCUCUAUUUUUAAGGUUCAUCUUCGUCCAUUGAAGCUGCCUGAGAACUUCAACAAGGAUGCCUUGGCCCGGAAGAUGGCAGCCCUAACUCCUGGUUUUACUGGUGCUGAUAUUGCCAAUGUAUGUAAUGAGGCAGCCCUUAUCGCAGCCAGGCACUUGAGUGAGUUUGUGGGGGAGAAGAACUUUAAUCAAGCUAUUGAACGUGUAAUUGGAGGAUUGGAAAAGAAGACUCAAGUCCUUCAGCCUGAAGAGAAGCGCACCGUUGCUUAUCAUGAAGCCGGCCAUGCUGUGGUUGGGUGGUUCUUGGAACAUGCUGAUCCUUUACUAAAGGUGUCCAUCAUUCCUCGUGGAAAAGGCCUAGGCUAUGCGCAGUACCUCCCCAAGGAGCAGUACCUGUACAGCAAAGAGCAGUUAUUCGACCGAAUGUGCAUGAUGCUGGGAGGCCGUGUGGCAGAACAGAUCUUCUUUGGGCGCAUCACAACUGGAGCACAAGAUGACCUGAGGAAGGUCACACAUACAGCAUAUUCACAGGUAGAGACAGAGACGGUGGUUGGGAAGCUGUUGCUGGAGAAGGAAGUCUUGGAGAAAUCCGAUAUGGUUGAGUUGCUGGGCCCCAGGCCUUUCCCCGAGAAGUCCUCCUAUGAAGAUUUUGUAGAAGGGACGGGCAGUUUUGAGGAAGACACCUCAUUACCAGCGGGUCUUCAAGACUGGAAUAAAGAAAAGACAGAAAAAGAUGAAGACAAGUAG